ACGCGGCGCGCGGCGGCGGUGGCGGACGCUUUGACUCUUUCACGGUCCCAUGGCGCCCUCCCGCUCCCGCCAGAACGGCGGUGCCCGCAGGCGGAAGCUCGCUGCCUUCCUCAAGGACUUCGACCGCGAGGUCAAGAGCAGGCUCGACCGGGUGCAGGCGGACGGACAGAGUCUCAUCAAGGAGCUGGAGAAGCUUUACGACAUUGAGCUGCUCCGGCUUCCCGUCGCGCUGCGAGAGAUGAACUGGCUCGGCUACUUCGCUAAAGGAGGAAGUAAAAAAGCCCUAGAAGAGGCAGCAACGGCAGAUGUGGAAAUAUCAGAAAUAAACAAAAUAACAGCAAAAGUCAUCCAGACGCCUUUCAAAACGAUCAAGAAAGCUGGAAAAUCCAAAAAAGACAUUGGAGCUUUUGAAGAAACUGAGUUCUGUUUGCUCCCUGCUUCAAAGAAAAGCAGGCAGGAGAGCCAAGCGCUUGAAGAGCCAAAGUCUGAAAAUACCCAGCCAAGGACUGAAAAGGUAAAGGCAGCAACCAAAAGGCCUCCUUCUAGGAGCAGAAGGUGUCCUUCAGCGAAAGUAAAAGCUGCUAAUAAAAGGACAAGCAAAAGUAAUUAUUCCACUCCAGCUGUUGGCCGAGCAUUGGAAGCCUGCACGCAGGGCGGUACCUCUGUGGUGCUAUCCAGGUUUGAUUCCAGAAUUUUCAAGACGCCAGGCCUGCGCACCCCCGCAGUAAACGAACCUGUUUUCAUUGUCUCCAAAAAUGGCAGCCCUCUUGCCAACACCAACGAUGUCAUCAUAACAGUCCCCCUCAAAGGAGGAGAGGCUCUCCGUUUUACAGCCAGUGAGCUGACCAAAAGGAAUCUUCAUCAACUGAAUCCAGAGGCACUGGGAGUUAUGAAGAACUUAUCAGUUCGCCUUGCACAGGUUUGUGGCAGUACAAAGACCUAAAGAUUUUGACUUUGGAUUUUUCAUCUCUCGCAUAAAUCUGAGAUGACAAAUCAAGGACUACAGUUUCUAUAUAUUCCUUUUUCCCCUUCCACCUGCUUACACAGGUGGAAAACCUGUUCUUAACUUCUGCUGUCAUGCACUUCGAGUACAUGACUUGCCUCUUACUUUUUUUUUUUUUUUACAAGUAAUAAAAAUGUUUCUCAUUUUUUAUGAGA